AUGGAGAUUAACGGAUCACAGAACGGAGGAGUCGACGCUAUGUUAUGCGGCGGAGAGAUCAAGAAAAAUGUGACGGUGGUUGGUGCAGAUCCUCUCAACUGGGGAGCUGCGGCUGAGCAAAUGAAAGGGAGCCAUUUGGACGAAGUGAAGAGAAUGGUUGAGGAAUUUAGGAAGCCAGUUGUGAAUCUCGGAGGUGAGACUCUUACGAUUGGACAAGUGGCAGCGAUCUCGACCGUUGGAAAUGGUGUGAAGGUAGAGUUGUCGGAGACGGCGAGAGCCGGUGUGAAGGCGAGCAGUGAUUGGGUCAUGGAGAGUAUGAACAAAGGCACUGAUAGUUAUGGUGUUACUACUGGUUUUGGUGCUACUUCUCAUCGGAGAACCAAAAAUGGUGUCGCACUUCAGAAGGAGCUUAUAAGAUUCCUGAACGCCGGAAUAUUCGGCAGCACGAAGGAAACAUGCCACACUUUGCCACACUCCGCCACGAGAGCCGCCAUGCUCGUACGUAUCAACACUCUCCUCCAAGGAUAUUCCGGUAUCCGUUUCGAGAUUCUCGAGGCCAUCACCGGUUUCCUCAACAACAACAUCACUCCUUCUCUCCCUCUCCGCGGCACAAUCACCGCCUCCGGAGAUCUCGUCCCUCUCUCCUACAUCGCCGGACUCCUCACCGGCCGUCCCAACUCCAAAGCCACCGGUCCCAACGGCGAAGCCUUAACCGCAGAGGAAGCCUUCAAAAAGGCCGGAAUCACCUCCGGAUUCUUCGAUCUCCAGCCCAAGGAAGGUCUCGCCCUCGUUAACGGCACGGCGGUCGGAUCUGGAAUGGCGUCGAUGGUGCUAUUCGAAACGAACGUCCUCUCUGUUCUGGCGGAGAUUCUAUCGGCGGUUUUCGCGGAGGUGAUGAGCGGGAAGCCAGAGUUCACCGAUCAUCUGACUCACCGAUUGAAACAUCACCCCGGCCAGAUCGAAGCGGCGGCGAUAAUGGAGCACAUCCUCGACGGAAGCUCGUACAUGAAAUUAGCCCAGAAGCAGCACGAGAUGGAUCCGUUACAGAAACCGAAACAAGACCGUUACGCUCUCCGCACAUCUCCCCAAUGGCUCGGCCCUCAGAUCGAAGUGAUCCGUUACGCGACGAAAUCGAUCGAGCGCGAGAUCAACUCCGUCAACGACAAUCCGUUAAUCGACGUCUCGAGAAACAAGGCGAUCCACGGCGGAAACUUCCAGGGGACUCCGAUCGGAGUCUCCAUGGACAACACUCGUCUCGCGAUCGCCGCCAUCGGAAAAUUAAUGUUCGCUCAAUUCUCCGAGCUGGUGAACGAUUUCUACAACAACGGACUUCCGUCGAACCUAACGGCGUCGAGGUUCCCGAGUCUGGAUUACGGAUUCAAAGGAGCAGAGAUCGCGAUGGCUUCUUACUGCUCGGAGCUUCAAUACUUGGCUAAUCCGGUGACGAGCCAUGUUCAAUCCGCUGAGCAACACAACCAAGACGUGAAUUCGCUCGGUUUGAUCUCGUCUCGCAAAACCUCCGAAGCCGUCGACAUUCUCAAGCUCAUGUCGACGACGUUCCUCGUCGCGAUUUGCCAAGCUGUUGAUCUGAGACAUCUCGAGGAGAAUCUGAGACAAACCGUGAAGAACACAGUCUCUCAGGUGGCGAAGAAAGUUUUAACCACCGGAGUCAACGGAGAGCUUCACCCAUCUCGCUUCUGCGAGAAGGAUCUGCUCAAAGUUGUUGACCGUGAACAAGUUUACACAUACGCGGACGAUCCUUGCAGCGCCACGUACCCGUUGAUCCAGAAGCUGAGACAGGUCAUCGUCGACCACGCUUUGAUCAACGGUGAGAGCGAGAAGAACGCUGUGACUUCGAUCUUCCAUAAGAUCGGAGCUUUCGAGGAGGAGCUCAAGGCGGUGCUACCGAAAGAAGUGGAGGCGGCGAGAGCGGCGUACGAUAACGGAACGUCUGCUAUCCCGAACAGGAUCAAGGAGUGUAGGUCUUAUCCUUUGUAUAGGUUCGUGAGGGAAGAGCUUGGAACGGAGCUUUUGACCGGAGAGAAAGUGACGUCGCCCGGAGAAGAGUUCGACAAGGUUUUCACGGCGAUUUGUGAAGGGAAACAUAUUGAUGCGAUGAUGGAAUGUCUCAACGAGUGGAACGGAGCUCCCAUUCCAAUAUGCUAA